UGAAUGUGUCACGCUGUGUGAGCCACCCUUAGUUGUCAUUGUUUAUUAUUUGUGUCCGUUUCCUGUACCCUUCCUCUAUUGUUUUGUGGUAUGUCUAGUGUGGUGUGCUAUGUUUGGUAUUUGUGAUGUUGUUACCAGCAUGGCUGCUUGACGUGUCACUUUUGGUGUGUGUAUGUUUCACUGGAGGGGUUUAAGCAAUAUGCAAGACUGUGUGCUCCCCAGCCUGGAACCUCCAUGCUUCUCGUAGCUGCAGGGAGGUCCGGGUUGUCAUUGGUGCCGUCUUUCCUUCUUCGGCUGCGGCAGAACAAUGUGCAAAGAGGUCCGAAGAAAUGCAGAAACAAAAUUCUUAAGAACCCCAAGUUCUGGAUAGUACUGACUUUUGUAUUGGCCAUACUUGUAACAAUUAUUAGCCUCAUACUCUAUUCAAAUAUAUAUACUGAUCAAGAUGAACAAAAUUUGACAAAUUUUUCAUCAGACAGCACCUGCAGUUACACAGGUUUUGUCAAUUUAACGAACCCCUGUCUCUGGCAUUCAUGGAUUAAAAAUGAAACAUUGUUUCAAGAAAGGAUUACAAGUGUAUAUUCAAUGUCUCCAUUUCUCAAAUACUUCUUCAUUGCUGCCAGAGUCAAUUAUACUACGGUCGAGGACAAAUCUGCAGUCAUUCAUCUGGAUUUCACACGGCCGUCAAAGUCCAUGAAAUAUCUGAUAAGUACAGAGCUUGUGGAGGGGAUCUUGAGGCAAGAUAUGUACAAUCUAGAAAAGUCUACAUGUCAAGGCACACAUAUUUUGAAAGAUUCAUUGAAAGUCACUGUAAUGAGUAUGUAAGCAGAAGGCAACCAAAUGCAUCCUUUCAGUAUCCUGUACCGUAUAGACUUGUUUUUAAGUCUUCAUCAUUCAACUCACAAUCAUGUUAAUGCUAAUUCAUCUGUGUCUGUUUUACAAUAUAAACCACAAAAAUUGGUUAUCCAUGAAUUAUUUUCAUAUCAAAAGUCCUGAAAGGAGUCAGUGGCAAGGACUUGGCUGUUGCUAACCCUGCUGUAUCCGUCAGUAUCACUGAAAAUUCUGAUGCCUGCAGAUUAACCCCUGAUGGGUUAAGUAUGUACGAUCAAUGUUAUUGUCGAUCACAUACAUAAGACCUGGGUGCCUUGUGUUUAAAACAGCAGGCACCCGGCGCCCAUAGCGCUGCUGCUUCAGCACUCACGAGAGGGUGCCAUAUUUAAAUACCCGACCACCAAUGUAUGUAUGCAUAAGGUGGUCGGGAAUGGGUUAAGCAAAAAAAGCACCCCUUUCUCACUUGAAGCCAUUUAGGUAGCGCUGGGUCCAUAACAACAAGCGCUCUGAAAAUAUCACAUGAUCACAUCUGUUAGAUGAAUGCUGCAAAAAAUAAAUAAACAUUGUGCCCGAACAGCCAUUUUUGCGUCACAGAAAGCAUAUUAAUACAGCAUUGUGACGCGUUUCAGCAACUAAGUGCUUUUAUCAGACUUUGUUGUAUACAUUCUCAAAUGUCCCUGCGGUUUACUAUAUGUGGAAGAAACCUCCAUGAGAAUUAAAGAUCGAUUAAGUAAGCAUAAAUCGACUAUCAGAAAGGAGAAUUUUUUACUCCCACUACUGUAUCAUUUUCAUCUAAAGGGACAUACAAUAUCACAAUUACACUAUCAGGUUAUAGAGAGUGCUUCCCUUCCUCGACACGGUGGUGACAGAAACAAAUGGCUUUUGAAAAGAGAGGCAUAUUCGAUCCAUCUUUUGCAAACCAUGGAUCCAAAAGGCCUAAAUCGAGAUUAUAAUGUCAGUGGUUUCAUAUGAUGCGAUUAUUUAUAAUUGUUUUCUACUCCUCCUUUUUCUUCCUUGUUUUCUAUAGCGAAACUAGAUAUUCCAGAGAAUGUAUCUCACCUGUAAAAUCUCGUUGAUUUCUCUAAACCCUGUAGGAAUUCAACGAUGGGAGGAGCCUAAUGAAAAAUGUGAUGUCAUUUUGUACCUAUUUGUGUAUGUGUGUGUGUGUGUGUGUGUAUAUAUAUAUAUAUAUAUAUAUAUAUAUAUAUAUAUAUAUAUAUAUAUAUAUAUAUAUAUAUAUAUAUAUAAUCAGGUCUUGUGGUAGAGUACUUACACACAGUCUGAUUAAAGCACUUUCUGUGAUGCUGAAACGCGUCACUACACGUCACUAUGCUGUUGUAAUAUGUGACUGAAUAAAUCAGCAUGAAACUUCAAUAGAGUGAGUGCCGGUCUUUUCUUCACUGUUUAUCUACUGGGAUUCCUGCCUGCAGACACGUGCACCGCCAAACUAUCCAAGGAGCAGUGCCGACCUUAUUCAAUAUAAGAAAACAUAUUAAGUCAUCAAAAAGUCUUAUCUACCCCAAAAUGGUACCAAUAAUAAUGCCACUUCAUCCUGCAAAAAACAAGACCUCAGACAAGACCAUCACCCAAAAAAUUUAUUAAACAGGAUCUCAGAAAAAUGGCAACACAAAAACAUCAUUUAUUUUUCUUUUAAAAAAUGUAUUGUGUAAAACUGAAAAAAUAAAAUAAGAAAAAUAGA